AUGGAUGUUCCACAUCCCAAGGAGGGCGAUGUCAAUAUCGGCACUGCCACAUUUGCUGCAUGUUGGGUUCUCACGGCCAUAGUAGGAGCUGCUCUGUUGUUUCGAUAUGCUGUGAAGGCAUGGAUUCGAUGGGCCCUGCCGCAGGUCUCGGUGCCCGAACGAAUCUGGGGUAUCGAAGACUUGUUCUUCUUAGCGGCCUACGGGUGUGAUAUAGCCCAUAUGACGGCCAUUCAGAACAGUGCGUACUGGGGAUUGGGACGGCACUUUUUCUACUUAACCCCCCGGGAAAAGUUCCACGCCUUGAGAUGGGACUUUAUCUCGCAGCCAUUGGCGGUAUCAUCGGCGAUGAUUUCCCGCACAGGCAUGAUGUGGUUUCUCCUCACUUGUUUCUCUGCGAGUGAUAUCAGACUCAGAGCCUCGAUCAUCAUAUGUGCUAUUGUCCAGAUUGUCGCGAACAUGGUGACCGUGGUCCAGAUCGUGGUCCAAUGUGGUCCUAACCCAUACCGCACAGCCAACCGUCUCUUAUAUUUCAAAUAUAUGUGGACGCCUCUCCCCGCGGACGGUUCUGUCGUCUGUCAAUCGCCAUCGGUGCAGACCACUGUGGGCUUUGUCCAAGGAGGGUUCAACACGGUGAUUGAUUUCUUCCUGGCUGCCCUAGCUGCGAUGGAGCUAUGGCAGUUCUUCAUCCGCACUCUCCACAAUGAUCCCAACCUGUCGGUCUGGAGCCAGUUCCGCAAAAUCAACCGGACCGUCCGGUCACGUCGGAUUUGGCAGACUCUUACUUUGAGUGGCCCAUUACUGCUCUCAGGCGCUGCCUCUAUAGUGAAGACAUACAAACUCAAAUCAUUAGGUGAUCGGCAGGACUUUACGUAUAAUAUUGUCAGUUUUAUCCUCUGGGUUAAAAUUGAAAACUAUAGCAUCCUGCUUGCAUCAUGCGCCCCGGUGGCCCGGUUGUUUCUUCGGGCAAUUAUCGACCGCCGCCACGACAAAAAACCAGGGUACUGGUCCCGAUCUCGAUCCACCGACAAUAGCAACAAGAACCAGGAGAUGGAACUCAAACGGCGACCCAAAGACCAGUGGAUGGACUUGACCGUUACAAACUGGCAAGAUGAAGAGAGCCAGCAGACGGGGUGGGAGAUGCCCCAAGAGCGCUCAGAGAGCCGUAUCUCGCGGGCUGAACAGCCGAAUCAUGUGGAUGAUGGCUGCGUUACCGUGAAGACAGACAUUACAGUGCAGGUAGACGACGGGCGCUCGAUAUCUUCGGGUGGUGCACGGCUCUUGCCGGAGGGAGCGGAGCCACUGCAUGAGGCGCAGCAGCACUAA